ACACAAGAUGGGGUUGCCAUAAUAAACUGGGGCUUCAAAUCAACCAUUUGGGUUCCCAAUAAGAGAGAAGUUGAGUCACAAGCUUAAAAGAUAAGAUGCCUUGCCUUUACAUCUCCACCAACAUUAAUUUGGAUGGAGUUAACAUCGAUCCCAUCUUUUCUCAAGCCACCACUGCCAUCUCCACCAUCAUCGGCAAGCCUGAGAAGUUUGUGAUGGUGAUAUUGAAGGGGUCAGUGCCAAUAUCUUUUGAGGGUAACAAGGAACCAGCUGCAUAUGCUGAGAUAGUUUCAAUGGGUGGCAUAAAUUCAGAAGUGAAGAGGAGGCUAAUUAACACCAUUGGCACCAUAUUGCAGUCCAACCUAUCUAUUCCAAGAACAAGAUUUUUUCUCAAAGUCUUUGACACAACUGUAUUUCGUACUAAAUCCAAAAUGUAAUGCUUUAGCCACAAUAUUAUUCCCUAAUCAUUUAUCUGAGUUUUAGCGUGUGUAUUGCUACUAAUAUGCUCCUAUGUGUUAUUGAUUUUUGCACUCAAUAAAAAGAGUCCUACUUAAUAUGAUUA